UAGCCCGGCGAAGCCAUGCAGGGCAGCCUGUUGGCUUGGAAGAACACCCUCUGCUCCUCCAGCCCCCCUUUCCCCCCCUCCAUUCCAGCACCCAGAGCUUGAAGCUCUUCUUACCCCGGUCCUUUUCAGCAUGGCAGCAGAAAAAUUGAAAAACCACAAAAUCAUCUUCGUCGUCGGCGGGCCAGGCUCGGGGAAGGGGACCCAGUGCGAGAGGAUCGUCCAGAAGUAUGGCUACACCCACCUGUCCACCGGGGACCUCCUGAGGGCGGAGGUCAGCUCUGGCUCAGACCGGGGGAAGAAGCUGUCCGCUAUCAUGGAGAAGGGCGAGUUAGUCCCUCUGGACACCGUCCUGGAUAUGCUGCGGGACGCCAUGUUGGCCAAGGCGGACAGCUCUAAGGGUUACUUGAUCGACGGCUACCCCCGGGAGGUGAAGCAGGGCGAGGAAUUCGAGAAGAAGAUCGCGCCCCCCACGUUGCUGCUGUACGUGGAUGCCGGAAAAGACACCAUGGUGAAGCGGCUGAUGAAACGGGGCGAGACCAGCGGGCGGGUGGACGACAAUGAAGAAACCAUCAAGAAGCGCCUGGAGACGUACUACAAGGCCACCGAACCUGUCAUCGCCUUCUACGAGAAACGGGGCAUCGUCCGUAAGCUGAACGCGGAAGGCACAGUGGACGACGUGUUCAAGCAGGUCUGCACUCAUCUGGACGCCCUGAAGUAAAUGCUGAAGGACGCCGCUCGGCUCACGGAUCCUGCCCUGUCCUCUUUCUCUUUCACUCACUCGCCCGCCUGCCUUUCCAUCCACACUGGGCCUCGGUUCCUGCCGCUUCCCCCCCUCCAAGCUCCCCCAUAAGCCAUGGCAACUCCUUUCUCCUGCCUACUUCAUCUCCGAAUUCAUCUCAGGGGCUAUGAUAACGGAAGUGGAUUUAUCCUGUUUUCGUGGACGGCGCCCCGUGGAGGAAACGUCGAGGCCGUUGUGUUUGGCUCCCGAAACCUUCUCUCCAAAGUAAAGUUGGCUUUCAAGAGU